CCGCCGCUGCCAUUGGGAGCCGCGCCGAGCCCAGCCCAGCCCAGCCCAGCCGCCGGUCCCGCUCCGCCGCCAUCGCCAUGAGCUUCUUGUUCGGCAGUCGCUCUUCCAAAACCUUCAAACCAAAGAAGAAUAUUCCUGAGGGUUCUCACCAGUACGAGCUGCUCAAACAUGCCGAGGCCACGCUUGGAAGCGGUAACCUGCGGAUGGCUGUUAUGCUUCCCGAGGGUGAAGACUUAAAUGAAUGGGUUGCAGUUAACACCGUCGACUUCUUCAACCAGAUCAACAUGCUUUAUGGAACCAUCACGGACUUCUGCACGGAGGAGAGUUGCCCGGUGAUGUCUGCUGGCCCAAAAUACGAGUACCACUGGGCAGAUGGGACAAACAUAAAGAAGCCAAUCAAGUGCUCCGCACCAAAGUACAUAGAUUACCUGAUGACUUGGGUCCAGGAUCAGCUGGAUGAUGAGACGCUAUUUCCUUCUAAAAUAGGUGUACCGUUCCCAAAGAAUUUCAUGUCAGUGGCAAAGACGAUUUUAAAGCGUCUCUUCAGAGUUUACGCUCACAUUUAUCACCAGCACUUUGAUCCAGUUAUCCAGCUGCAGGAAGAGGCACAUCUUAACACUUCUUUCAAGCACUUUAUAUUUUUUGUUCAGGAAUUCAACCUUAUUGACAGAAGAGAGCUUGCACCACUUCAAGAACUGAUUGAAAAACUCACCUCUAAGGACAGAUAAAAGGAAGAGGAUUUUUUCGAAGUCACUUGUUUCUUUAAGCGAGCGUGUGGUAUUUGUUUUUUGUUCAUUUGUUUUUUAAAAACAAAACCCUGUGCUGUUAUUCCUGACAGCCAAGUUCUACUCUCUGCUUUUAUUAGGGGAAAUCUUUUGUCUGUUAGUGACAUGCAGUAAAUAGCCUUUUUUUUCUUUUUUUUUUGAUAGUUGUUACUCAUUGUGGAAUUUUAGCAGGUGCUGACUGUUUGUAAAGGAAACAUGCUUGGUUGGGGGAUUGACUCUGCUGGUGGAUGGGUUCUGUAUUGUGUCAAUGGUAGCCCAUUCUCAUGAAGUCCCUUAAAGACUUCCUUACAUUCUCUAAGUGCCUUGGCAAACUCGCUUCUGAGGUGCAAAGCACAUACAAUACUGAACAUUGCUGGAAACAGAAAAUACGAACUAACACCCAAGACACUUACUGAUACUUGUUUUAGAAAAAAAAGAUAUAUAUAUACUUACACUAAAAAAGCCAUAACUUACUUAAAUCAGUGAUCUCCAGCUUUUAAUACAAAUAUUUGUCUUAUUUUUUUAGAGAUUAAUAUAGAAUUUUUCAAAAGUAGAUAUUUCUUAUAAAGAGAAGUGAUAUGAAGCUCUAGUCGCCAAAUCAAAAUGAUGAAGGAGGUGUCAAAAUUACAGAGAACUUGUGGUUAGCAAAUACUUACACGUCUGUUGCACUGUUUUUUGCUUUUUGUGGUUACUUUUUUGUAACAGGUGAGUACAAUACCAAUUUGGGUAGGGCACUUCUGUUAAGUCUCCUAGCAUUUGCCAAAUGAACUGUCAUUUUGCACAAACACAGUUAGGGAAGAUAGUAGCAAAACUACACUGGGGUAAUACGAAGAAAAUCCUGCCUUUAAAAAUAACUAACGAGAUGGUGUUUGUAAGUUAGGAAUAAAAAGCCCAGCUCCAUAGAGGAGCUCUAAUGGAUAAUGUUUUCUGUAAUAGGGAACAUAGUUUGAAGGGAAGGUAAUUUUGUGAGCCAUUUAGGAUUUACAUUAGCACGACAACAUUCUCCCCUAUCUAACUGAAAUGUGACCUUCCCCCACCUGUGUUAGUCUCUCUGUCUCUCUAGCCUUCUCUUGCCUCAAACCAGAUACAAGAAUCACCUGUGACAAGUUCACUUUUGGGGCUGUUGCACACAAUGGCUUGGAAGUCUCUGCUGCAACUAUAUCAGUUGGGUUUCCCAUUGCAGAAGCCCAUAUGACUCUCUUCUCUGGUUCAUUUAGGGGUCUGGUCAAUGCUGCUGCUUUUGGGCUUCAAAUAAAUAUGCAUUAGGGUCUGCAGUGUGCUAUCCUAGUUGCCAGAUCUGAUACAAUAGGUGGUUAAGGUUGGCAGACUUUGCUAGGUUGUGACUUUCCUAAAACACCAUAUUUAGAUCUGAGUAAUGUGUAUGUAUCAACUGACCCAUGUAUACUACUUUGACUCUCAAACCUUGGAAAUUUACAAGUAAACUCAUGGCAGAAAAGUUGAGCUUUUAUUUUGGGCACCUCUGCUUGACUGGAAGCGUUGAGUAAAGGAGAAAAUGCUGUGCAGCAGCCCGCAAAAUAUCUAAGUGGCCAUUAGUAUAGAGAGCUAAGAAGUAUUUAAGCACAAUAACAAAUAUAUGCUCAUUUUGGAGACAAGAAUCGUUGAUUUUGUGUUAAAAUAAUGUACUUCAAAAUCAUCAGAAGCUUAUUUUAAGAGCAAUAUUGUUCUGCAAUUGAGUUAAAUUACGUAGUCAGCGUGAGAAGCAGUUUAAACUUCUGUUACUUCUGUCUCUCUUUCUUACCAGACUGGAGAACAAUUGAGAAGACAUAGUACUGAACAAGAAAAAUGGCCUUGUGUGCUUUUUUUCACAGCUUUUCAUUUAGAAGUGGAAACUUUUCUUCUUCUUGUAGAGCAGUAAAGAGUGGUCAUGCAGUAGUGUUCAUAGCGAAUUUAGGUUUGGUUACAGUAAAGUUAGAUACAGAGACUGCUUGCAAAACACCUGGAGUUUAGCAUAGGUAAUUCAGACAGCCCUUGGCUUCAUUAGAAGCUUUUCUAAAGUUCAAAAAAAAACACAGAAUACAUUUUGUCUCCUUUGCAGGUCAAGGUCAAUAUCCCGUAGAAGCUGCUUAUAAGUUAAGGACAAGGGAAAAUUUCACUUACUCUGUUUCAGCUUCUUCUGUCUACACAGAAUGAAGACAUUUUCCUAAUAGGUAACUAUCAAGGGAGUUUCUUUACUGUGACUUUUGUUAACUUGAGAGUUGGGAUUGGAUUACAUUGAUCACAGUCCACACUGGAAAGAUGAAGUAGGUCAAGCUGAUGAUGCAAAGAGAGCUUUCCCUCAAAUGUCUUGACAGACUCCUAGCUUAAAAAAGAUAGAGUAGGGACAUACCAUUUUGCAGCCAGUCACGAUAUUGACUCUCCCCUGUGUGUACGUGCACGUGGGAGGAAAAGAGAGGUGCCAUGUAUCUGUUCUCUCUUCAGUGAGUUGGGGGUCAGAAAAAAAUGUGUAAGGUAAUAGAAAACUGAAGGCAAAAGUACAUAAGAGAGACAAGCACAAUUUUCUUCCCUUUGUCAAGACACCUAUGACUGCAGUAUUCACCCCAAUGCUUUUGUCAGUCUUCCUGUUCAGAGGAUGUACGAAGUCUGACAGGCAUCCCCAUGAAAUUUUGUUGGCUGGUGAAAGAGUCAGUCAGUGGUGUAACAUCUAAAUCCUGCUGUCAGGAGUCGAUUAAUGUGCUAAUAAGAAAGGAACUCCCAUAGGCAGAACAUCCCAUGUGUUGGAUUGGGCAAGUACCAUCCUUUUUAAUAGUUGCAAAAAGAGUUCUCCUCCAAUGCACCACAUUUAUUUUAUUUUAUUUUAUUUUUGUUUUAUUUUAUUUUAUUUUAUUUUAUUUUAUUUUAUUUUAUUAUUUUAUUUUAUUAUUUUAUUUUUAAAUUUUUUGUGCUGUAUGGUACAUUCAGCAAGGUAGCUGGGAAUGCAGUAGGGACAGUGCAUGAUUCAUGAUAUCUUUGCAGCUGCAGAAUUGUUUUGAACUUGAGUAGCGUGCCUGACAUCUGAUCGGGAUGCAACUCAGAGCCUGAUUAGGCUGCUGUAAGCUCUGGGUGGAGGGUUGGAGGGCUCUAAUUUAGUUCAGGACUAAAUGCAAAAGAGUAACAUCUUUGCAGAGCUCUGGGGGUGGAGAGCACCCACGUGACUAUGCAAAAGCAGCUUAGCUCUUGAAUUUGAAGUGCAGUAUUUUAAAUGGACUUCAGUCAUGCAGGAAGUUGAAUUUAGACCAGGAUCUUGCACACACAGCCUUCUAUGCAUACUUCUAUCCAAAAAGUGUUUAAUGACUGAAACUUCUAAGCUUGAGGGAGAUAGACGUUCAGCUACAGAGGCGUGAAGAGUGCUGCGGAUGCAGUUGGAAAUUAAAAAUCCUAUAAACUUGCCAGUGAAAACUGCUUUACUGAGUUGAGUCACUACAGCUCAAUAGGCUGCAUGCAUAUAUUCACCGUGCUAAUAAAGCUUACUGGAGCCUUUCAACCAGUGCUAGAGUUUGUGUUACCACAUUGCAACAAGACGUGACAGUGGCACAAGUCUGCACCAAGGGGAGAUACCCUCUAUUGGAUUUAAAGCUUUUUUGUUGGUUUGGUGGCAUAUACAAGAAAGAAAUUAAAAAGAAGAAUACUUAAAAGUAAGGAUUUGCUGUGACUGGUAACCAUUGCAGUUGCUCUCCUCAUUUUUUGCAGACUUGCACUCUGAAAUAUUUUUUUUUCCUUUUUUUUUGGAACACCCAAUUCUAGAAAUUCAGAGGCAUUCACUGCAGUUCAGCAAAUCAGGAAUUUGAAUGUAUUACUUAAAAUAUUACUCCUUACAGGGAUUGUGCAUUUUUUUUGCAUUUAGGAUUUGGCAGUAGAAAACACUUCUACAGAAUAGUUUCUAGGCAUGUAAUAAAAGCUUGGAGAUCUUGAUUUGCCUGACAACUGUAUGAACACAUUGUUGAAUUAUACAACACUUGAAAAUAACAUUAAAGAUAAGCAUGCAGUGUUUGGGAUUCAAUAUCCCUAUGCUGUUCAUAUUUGCAGCUUUUAAUUAUUUUUUCCUUUUUUGCUUCAAAAAGAUGUGGGACCAGAAAUUCAUGUGUGUUUACACUUGUGAAGUAAGGGCACAUCAAAAUGCUACACAAAAGUUGUCAUGUUUUACAAGCCGAAUCUGGGUAGAGUGAAUAUGUUCAUAAAAUAGUGCAUCGGUUGGGGGGUGGCAACCCCCCGGAUAAAACCCAGAGAAGUGAACCCUGAACAAAUGUGCUGCUUUAGGCCGGUGUUACAAACAGUCUCUGUUACGUGUCAUGAGAUCUUUGAAACAAAACCUUUCUGCUUUGUGGCCAUUGGGAGCAGAAGGUGCCGAUGGGGCUAAAUCAGGCUGGGGGCCGCCAGUGGUUGCUGAGGCCUUCCAGUCUACUGAUGUCCUUAAUUCUGCUGUUCGGGGUGUUCUUCAGCUACCAGCGUAUUCGACCAUGUCAGUGAUGUGGGUGGUAACUUCAGGAGGUCAUCUACCUCAAGCCGGGAUGGGACAAACUGUUAGUUAAGCACGUUUGGCCACCGUUGCCAGUGUUGACACUGUUGAGAUGGUGUUGGAUAUGUUAUGCUUGCAGUCGUUCAUAUUCAAGUCAGGGAUACAAGUUAAUUGUGCAAAUAGAAAAGAAAAAUGCCACAUUCUGCUGUUGCAGGUAGCUGAAUGGUAGGUGAGGGGAGAAAACAGGUUUCAAGGGGCCAACGGCCCGUCUGCAAGCAUCAAGUUUCUUUUACUGCUUACUAUGCAAUGUAGAGCUUUGAACUUUAGCUUUUACUUCAAGCUGCAGAGGAGCACUGUCCUUCUUCAGUAUUUAGGAGCUGAACACUCUCCCAGUCUCCCUGACACUCACUUAACAGGUAAAGGAUACCUAUUUGCUGCUAUGGACUUUAUGUACCUUUCAGAUUGUUCCUUUCUGCUUCUUGCCCCCCUUUCUCUUGAACCACAAGACACAGUUUUAUUAUAAACAUAUCCUUUUUGGGUAGUUUUUCUUACCAGCCUUUCCCCCCUUCCUACCUGCCAGAGUGCUAUAUUACUGUAUAUAAAACACCCCCUUUUAGUUGGACUAUUUAAAGAGGUGCAGCAUGAAUACAGAUUCCUUGCUUUACUUUCACUAAAAGAUUCACCGUUACUCUGAAUCUUAUUUCUUUCACUGCUAAUUUCAGUUGUUUUUUCCCAAACUGCACUAAAACCACUAGUAGUUUUACGAAUGUCUGUUGUCUUUUCCUGGAUCUUAUAAGAUGAGGCUAACAUCGGUCAUUGUAAGUGUUAAACCUUUCUACUUUCAUGCUUUUCUUACAAUUUCCUUUUACCAGGUUAAGAUUGCAGUCUAGGUAAAUACCAGAUUACGUUUUUGUUUUAGAAACAAAUUCCCUGAAUUGUUCAUAGAAUAUUGUAUUUUUAGGGGAAAUUAAUUUUUAUAGCCACUAAACUAUACUCAUUAUUUUUGUACAUUUGCAACUUCUGACAUUUUUCAGAGAUAUGUCGCAGAGGGAACGCUUAUUUACAUUGCUGUUUUAUUACUUCUGUGUGCUGUAGUCGUGUUGCUUCGUACCACAGAAGCACAUACCUUGCUGUGCAAUGGGAGAGAAGAAUGCAGUAGGAGUGAAUGAGGUUUCAAUAAAAGGUCACUUCUGAAGGCAAAAUAUAUAUAUAUAUUACAGAAGCAACACUAACCUUUCCUCCUCUUAAAAUCCUAAUAAAAUAUGGGAGAAAAUAUGGUGUAAAAUGCAAGAUGAGAACCCUUACUGUAAGCUAACUGUGCCAAUAUCGCUUCAGUUUGUAGUCACUGAUUGUUCCUUUAAUUUUAAAUGACAGCUUUUGAUUUACAAAAAGAAAAAAAAAAAGUUGAAUGUCUGAAAAUUCGCAACAUGUUUAUUUGAGAGUUGUAAAUAAUGUAUACAGAUCGUUGUCUGUGAUGGGACAAAAUAUUUAAAUUCUAGUUUGUUUUGUUUUGUUUUGUUUGUUUUUUCAACAAGGAGCUGAAGGCUGUUUAUAAGAGGAAAAUAAAUAGCUUAUGUUUGA